AUGAGCCUUGUAGAACACCGCAGUGGGAUAGCCAUAUUGACUGGAUUGUCUCUAGCUGGGGUGUGGAGGUGGACCGUGCGAGAGGUGGCCAGGCAAUCUGUUGGGCAAUUAGUGACAUUUCUGGGUGAUUCACUGGUGAGCGAGGGGAUUUAUCGGAUUCCCACGGAUUGGUGGGGUCCCUUUUAUCUGCUGAGUUUUUAUCUGGUGAUUGAGCUUCGAUCAGAACUGAUUGCCCUGCUUAAGAUUUUCUGCCACAUCAUCACAAACCUCCUUUAUUGGUUCCAUUGGUUGUGCAAGCCUGCUGAUUCACAAGCCCUGGCGCCAUUGGAAGCACCACCUGUAAGAGCAGACCACAGGGAGCUAACCUGUCUUAUGGCGGGCCCGGCCUUGGAAGGUUUCCUGUUGCUUGAACGGGCAGGUGAAUGGGACGAAGUGUGGGCGGCUUGUGUGGUCCCCAAUUCUUCAGACCUGUUAGUGAGAACCACCAGUGGUGACGGCACUUCGUGGCAAUGGUCAGUUGUGAGAGUGAACGUAGGCAGCAUGCGAGCGCCAGUAGGAGCCGGAGUAGGGAGAGGACCUCCAGCUGGAAUCAACAAUGCCAUAGUGAAUUGGAUAUGCCAACCAACGAAUCUCCAUCAGAAGUGGAGCCCCACAGCCGACGAGGCGGAUGCUUUGAAGAGAGAGGGACAGAUGGUUGGACUGCAAUUGAGCCGAGAAGGCGUGCCGGAGUCAAAGGUCACUCACCCUGGAACGGGCAUGGAUUUGAUAGCGUUGGACUUGCAGCCUCAGGCCGUCGCAGGAGGAGGGGGUAUGGCAGUGGCCAGACCCGCGGUUGCCGGGGGCUUGGGGCCAAGCAACGGAGGCUCACCAGGAGAUGCCUUCAACAUGCAGAGCCUGUCAGAUGUGGUGAACAAGUUGAAGGAGAUGGCUCGCAAGAGCGGUUCCAAGCGGGACCACUCUGCAAAGAGGAGAAAGAAAGACAAGAAGCGGUCGUCCAAGAAGAAGAAGAAAAAGAGAUCCAAAGACUUGGACACCAGCUCGAGUGGCAGCAGGUCCCGCUCAAGUCGCUCGAGCAGCGCCAGCAGUUCAUCCAGAAGUUCAAAUGCCCCCAUCAGAUGGGGACACAAGGCAAAGUCGAGGUCAGUGGAUUACAACGAAGUUCAUGCUCUGGACAUGCAGCGCUUCAAGAAGAAGGGAGAAUUGUUGGCUUACGCCACCAAGCAUCCAGGAGCUCUAUCCGGACAUUUCCUCGCUUCGGUGUUUGCCAGGCUCUCCAAGGGCCGGGUGACCAAGACUUCGCAGCUUCGCGAAGCAUCAGUGGUGUCAUGGGCAACUCAGCAUGCGGGCUUGACGGAAAUCAGAGACAUUCGAGAAGUUCUGACCUUGGCCGAAGCCAUGGAUUCCAUCAACCGAAGAGAGAUAGCUCGGGCGAUGGACAUCCUUGCUCAAAGGAUCCUUGCAGUGCAGCAGGCGAAGAGGAAAGGGGGUUCAUGGGACAAGGCGGAGGCGAUCGAACUCAUUCCGUCAGGCAACAGCUUGGCCAGCAGCUCAAUGAGGCUCUGGCAGCUUGGUGUGGCGCAGGCGGCGUUGCAGAGGGCUUGCGAAUUCACAUCCAAAUUUUUCCAUGAUGGAUCAGUCGGUGAAAGUCCAACUCAUGUUUUCCCUUUGCCUCCUUUUUGUACAGAUGGCCGAGUAGUUCGUUAUCGUAUGGGUAACCUGGAUGAUGAGGAUGAUUCUGCCAUAGCAAGGGGUGUCAACUUGGUGCAGGCAGUGUUGAAUGAGCUUCACGGGGGUAGUCAUAAUUCAGCCACAGUGUUGACUGCAGCCCACAGACGGGUCCAUGCUCGGUUGGAGCGUGAGCUCCAUUCCAUGAUGGUGGAUGGGGCAUUGCUGGGUCCUUUAGAGAUUCAGGAGUUUUUGAAGCAUCAGCAGCAUUAUGCUGAAGGAGGAGUAGCAAUGUCACUGGGCAGUCGUGGAGGAGUGCCAGCCACGGCAGCCACUGUGAAUCUUUCUGAGGAACUUCAGGGUUCUUUUCCACAUUUGGCCAGGCAGGUGGAGGAGCCCAAAGCCUUGCCCUUGCUGCCCAACAAGCGUCCUGGUCGCGUCAAGCCUGGGCAUACAUGGGUUAAUCGCACUUAUCCCGAACUGGUCAAGCGAAAUGUCAAGGCUGGUCUUCACGUGCUGAAGAAACCAUCACAGGUCACGUCCGGCACCCAGCUUGUCGAUCGGCCCCCAUGGGUUUUGGACCAAGUGCAGGCCGGUGACCAAGCGUCUACAGUGGGACCUCUAUGGCUCACUCGUGCCGAGGAGGUGUAUCAGUGGCUUGACCAACUGCGUCGAGACCAGGCCGGUGCACCAGCAGCGCCGAAGUGGAUCUUCUUGGGCGAGGUGGGAAGCGUGAGCGAGACUUGGUGCAAUGCGUAGAGGAGUUGUUUUUGGAACAUGGUAUGUUGG